ACCAGUCAGCUGUGCUAUUAGGUGCCUAGCUGAGCGGAGCUAGCUAACAGAAAAAUAACAUUACGAAAAGAUAUUUGGACGGUUAACGAUAUGGAUAAAAAUGCCACGCGAUACAACGUCCAGCUGUAUAUUUAUGAUUUAUCGAGAGGAAUGGCGCGCAGCCUCAGUCCGAUCAUGUUAGGAAAACAACUGGACGGUAUAUGGCACACAGCUAUAGUGGCAUACGGUGAUGAGUUCUUCUUCGGUGGGGAGGGCAUCUCCAGCUGUUCGCCGGGGGGGACAAUGCUGGGACCUCCAGACACGGUGGUGGAGCUGGGUGAAACCGAAGUGUCGGAGGAGAUCUUCAUGGAUUACCUCUCUUCCCUGGGAGAAAGCACAUACAGAGGUGACAGGUAUCGUCUUUUUGAGCACAACUGCAACACCUUCACCAACGAGGUGGCUCAGUUUCUGACGGGCAGGACCAUCCCGUCCUACAUCACCGACCUUCCAUCCGAAGUCCUCUCCACACCGUUUGGCCAGAUCCUGCGGCCCAUUCUGGACUCUAUCCACAUCGCCCCCCCAGGAGGAAACGUCAUCAACGGGGGAAGGAACAUCUAACCUGAGAGAGCAGCAGAGUCAGUGUUCUCCAGGUCACUUCCAUUGUAGUCAGUCACUGAGAACUCUCAACCUCUCCGUCUUUCUUUCUUUCUUACCUUCUUUCUUUCUUUCCUUCUUCUCUUCCUCUCUUCCUCUCUUUCUUUCUUAUUGUAAAUAAACUACAAAGGUAAUUGCUGUAACUGAUAGACGACCAGUUAAUCCUUGAAAUUCAUUAUUUAAGUUUCAUUCCCUCCUCUAAGACGCCCUUCCUGAAAACCACUUAGUCACUGCCCUCGUCGUGACGCUUGAGGGUGCCUGGGUCAGUGCUGAUCAACAGCUGGACAGAAACAAUAGACAGAUGUGGAGUCUUGCAGUAUCAUACCAGCACAGCCUGAUCUCACCGUCGACUUUCCGACUCUGAAAGUUGAGUUUGAUGAAUGUUUUUUUUCUUAGAAGUGAAUGGAAGUAAAAGAUAUUUCACCGAGUAUUUUCCUGAUCAGAUUUGAGGCGCUGCAAGUUUAUUUAGUAUUUAGACUCCACAGCAUGAAAUAUUGCAUAUCUGAUAGCUGUAAUUAAACCAUCUACAACAUUCAAAUACCUCUUAGCACAUUAGUGCAUCAAGCUAAUUUAUUAUAAAAUCAUUUCUAUUCGUUUUUUUUUCCCCCAUUUUGAUGUUGCCACAUGUUUUUUUUUUUAAAAAAGGAUUUUAGCUCCCGACAUAUCAGGUUUCACACACGGGUUACGCAGAGAGAUCAUCUGCUGCUGACUGCAAUGGAAAUAAUCUGAGUGUACACGUUUGCAUAGAUCUGUUUAUUAUAUUCAAGUCAGAGGAGUGAGGAGAAGGAGGGUUGGAUCUUUUAAUGUCAAUCAGAUUUUAAUUUUUGCACUUUUUAUGCUUUGUUUUACUUUUUUGUUAUUUGGUAGCUUGUAUUUGUUUUCCCUUCAGCCACCUUCCCUACCUGCACCUCUCGUGUUUGUUUCUGUUUCUGUUCGAUCCGGCGGCUUUACCUUACAUUAUAUCAUUCCAGUUGUCACAGACAUACGGCAGGUGACCGACGCCUGACCAGCUCAGAGGUUAUAAGCUUACAUAAGAGAUUACAUGAACUGUGUUGAGUGUGUAUCUUUAUAGCAGGACUGGGAUCAGUUCACUCUGAAGUCGGUUGUUUCUUUGUCGACAAAAGUAAAACCCUUCGUAACCCUGGUAACGGCGAGAAGAAAACACAUCCUGGUCCGUUAAAUCUCCUCUGUGACAUGACUAACAGUGAACUGCAUCUCAGCCCAGUUAUAUGACGGACGUCGUGCCUCUCGGCCUGUUGCCAGCUGCAGAGGGAGACGUUGAUCACAGAUACACUUGUUCUAUAAUUAUUUACAAUUCAUGUUGCUCCAGUUGCCAUGUGGGUAAUUUUAAACAAAUUGCACAUCCACAGAUAUUUUUAACGUAGAGGUGACCGUACGCGGGGCGAACGUCCGGCGCUGUCGACUUAUCAACGCUCUGCUCGAGUCCUUUAACAGCCACCAGAGUGUGUUCGAUAUACGACACACCUCUGUGCCUUCAUUUCCCUCCGCUUGGUUCCAGUCACACUGUUACAGGUUGGCAUGGUUAUAGGAGAGCACAGAUGGUAUAUUCCUAUGCAUUCUGCAUUAGAGAUCCGAUAGUUGGUUUACUGUAUGAUGGUCCAGGAAAAUCUUAAAAUGCGUAAAUUAGGUAAAAGUUGAACGUAAAAGUGGCUAACACUCAUCAUGCAGUCACACAAUGAUUUAAAUUCUUAACUUUUUAAAACAAGCAGCUGAAAAUAUUCCAGGUUGAUCAACAUCUGGAUCCAGUACUGUAACUCGCAGCCUAUAAUCUGAGUGCAUUAUCCACUGCACUCUGCCGCCACAGAGAACAUAGAUAACACACACAGCUGAUCACAUGCUUUAGGCUUUAUCUGAUUAGCAUGGUGUUACAUGUGGAGAACCGGGGACGUCACAGGAGAAGUAAUAAAACAUUUCCUUCAUUUCAUAUUUUAAAAAUAGCAAUAUUAAAAAGAAUUUAUAAAUGAAGGAAUAAUCCAUCAGUUAAUACUUGAUAUUUAAAAAUUCAUU